AUGGCUACCGAGUCGGUGGUGUCGCCGCGCAAGCGCCUGCCGCGGCUGAAUCAUCUGGAGCAGCACGUGGCGCCGGGCGGCGGGUCCGUCCAAGAGGGCGACGUGUCGCUGUCGGUGGCGCCGUCCUCGCCGUCUACGGCGUCCACCGCCAGCUCGUCCGACAGCAAGACUGCCGAGACCAAGACGAAGCUCAAGGCCGCGUCGCCCCCGUUCGAGCAGAGCCGCCUGCACGAGCGCGCGACGUCGAGACUCGUGGCCAAAAACGGCGAGGCUAACGACGAGCGCGUGAGCGACGUGAGCGACGAGAGCGAGGGCGAGGGCGACACGUCGCUGAGCAGGACGCAGCAGCUGCGCAACUGGCUGCGGCGCUUGAAGCAGACGUUCGGCCUGUCCUUCCUCAUGCUGGUGAGCACGGUGUACGCCGUGCAGGGCUUCACGAGCUUCAGCGCGCUGGCGGUCAACUACUUCUUCAAGGACAACCUGCAGCUGCAGCCGGCCGAGUCACAGUCGCUACUCACGGUAAUGAUGGUGCCCUGGGGCGUCAAGCCGCUCUACGGCAUCAUCUCGGACAGUCUGCCGCUCUUCGGCUACCACCGCAAGUCGUACAUGAUCCUGUGCAGCGCUCUGGGGGCCAUUGCCACGCUGACGUUGGCCGUGCCUGACUUAAUCACAACCCCGCUGGGUGCAGUGCUCGUGCUCAUGCUCAACAGCCUGUCGACGGCGGUGAUCGACGUGGUGAUUGAUGCCCGAGUCGUGGAAAUGUCGAGGCUGGACCCCAAGUACGGCGCGAACGACCUGCAAUCGGUGUCGUGGGUGUCCAUGUCGGUUGGUGGCGUGCUCGGCUCCUUCCUGUCGGGGCCGGCGACGCACAAUUUGGGUGUGCGCGGCGUCUUCUGCUUCGCUGCCGUGGGUCCGCUGACGAUUUUGAUCUUCUCCAUGUUCAUGCACGAGCCCAAGACGACGGUGAGCAAGCGCCACUUCAAGUCCUCGGCCAAGAGGCAGCUGCGGCAGCUCAAGGGCGCUAUCUGCACGCCCGUCAUUUGGAUGUGCGCGCUGUGGGUGUUCCUGUCCGGUGCGAUCAGUCCCGGGUAUUCGCAGGUGUUUUUCUACUUCUCGACGGACGUGCUGAAGUUCACCCCCGAGUUUUUGGGAACGGUCUCUGCGUUCGGCUUCAUCUUUCUCAUGGUGGGGACGAUGCUGUACAAUGCGUUCUUCAAGGACAUGUCGUUCCGGCGAAUCUUCUUUAUUGCGCAGCUCAGUUUGGCGGUGGUGUCGCUGCUGGAUAUCGUGCUGGUCACGCGAGCUAAUCUGGAUGUUGGUAUUCCUGACAAGGCGUUUGUGCUGGGUGAUGCGGUAAUUGCCGAUGUCAUUAGCCGCCUCAAGACGAUGCCGGUUAUGGUGCUCUGUGCCAAGCUGUGUCCGAAGGGUAUCGAGGGAACGUUGUUCGCGCUGCUGAUGUCGAUCUCCAACUUUUCUCGAAGUGUCAGUGAGUUCUGGGGCGCACUCGUCUGUGCGUGGUUGGGCAUUGCGAAGGACCAGUACGACAUGCUGUGGCUGGCCAUCAUCUUCCGCAGUGCACUGAAGGUGAUCCCAAUUUUCUUCCUCUUCCUGAUCCCGGCGACGGAUCCACAAGAAAUUGUCGAUGAACUAGACUUCAGCUCGCCUGCCCACGGCGAUGCGAACAAGGAUAACCACGAGGACGAAGAAGAAGAGGGUGAAGACGAACACUCCGGCACGAUUCGGGAAGACCACACGGUGAAUGACUGCUCGCCAACAGAAGAGGCUGAGUUGAAAGGCUCGGCGGCAGCAGUCGUUUGA